AUGAUAGUGCAUUACAUAAUAUUACUGUUGUGGUCACUACUAGUAUUAGCCAGUACCAACAAUGACGAGCACUACACCCAAGCCGUUAUUGGAUUGGAACAGCUUGCAAGAAAUUUCACAAGACCCAAUGUAUACAAUAUUGACAAUAUCGAGGGGAACUUGUACAUACCCCAGUUUGAUCAAUUGACAAAUGACUAUAAAUCAAAACAGGAGAAGCCACAGCCACCACUAGAAUUAACUCGACGCAUUAUCCCACUUUUGAAAAAGUCAGCAUCAGAAUCCCGUAAUGUCAAUGCACUAGUAACUUUGGGAGACCUAUACUUGUUUGGAAAUUACUCAUUGACUCCAGACUAUUACAUGGCAAAAGAGUAUUAUCAGGAAGCAGUAAGUUUGGCUCCCAAUGGUCAUGCAUAUUUCAUGUUAGGUUACAUAUAUUCCACGGGUUUGUUUGGAACGUUUCCAGUGGACCAAGAACGAGGAGUUUUAUACUAUCAAUUUGCAGUGGAAAAUGGUGACAGGAAUGCCCAAAUGGUCAUGGCCUACAAAAACUUUAAAGGUUUGGGAGUGCCGAAAAAUUGUGAGUUGGCAUUGGAGUAUUAUACGGAUUUGGUAGAACAAGGUAAAGAUUGGAUGUCAAAGAAUGAUGCCGAUGGCCAGGUGGACUACAAUAUCAGAAUAUCUGAUUUCAAUGGUGGGUUGUAUGGAGAGAAAAUGAGUGAAACCACUUCUACCAUUGAAAUUAGAUCAAAAUAUUUCAAAGACCUUCGAAACAGCUUUGAAGAAUACAAGUUGACUGCCAAUGAGCAUGAAUAUGCCACUUUGUUCUAUAAUGCAUUGGAAAGCUAUAAAGGCGAUUAUUUUGUACCCAAAAACUUGACCAAGGCUUUCCUUACUUUCCAAGAAUGCGUUGAUUUGGGAGAAGAAAUCUAUGGUGCUUCUGAUUAUAAGAAUAUCGAUGGCAUAGACAAAAUGUUUUUGAGUUCAUGUCAAUCCAAAUUAGGAAGAAUGUAUUUGAAAGGUAUGGGUGUUUCUAAUAACACCAAGAAAGCCAAGCAAAUUUUGGAUCGGUCAUUAAAAGUACAAGGUACCCCCGAAGCGUUGAAUCUUUUGGGUUUCAUUGAAGACCAAGGGUUAUUGGGUGAACCUAAUGUCACAAAGGCAGUUGACUACUAUGUAGCUGCUAUUAAGAAAAAAUCUUCUGAAGCCAAUAGAAACUUGGCCAAGUUGUUAAUGAGAAUGAAUGGAGGUGAUCCACAUACGAGUGAGCAUCACAAGGAAAUCUACACAUACAUGAAGGAUGCGGUGUACCACCGAGACACAGAGGCUUUAUAUUAUAUGGGGAGCUUUUUACAAUCUGGUUUAUCCAAAAUUGCCGACUCAAAAAAUGAUAUUUCCUGCCCUAACAUAGUCAUGUACUACCGUGUUUUCCUUGAAAGGUUAUCUUCCUUUUACGCGCCACAUUUGAAGUUUGCUUUUGAAGAGUUGAUCGCUGGGAACUACCAAAAUGCUCUUAUUGGAUAUCUGAUAGCGGCCGAGCAUGGGUUUGAAGAAGCCCAAAUAUCAGCUGCAUACUUGUUAUAUCAAUUACAACCACUUUAUUCCAAACAACCACCAAAAACUUUUGUUCCUGAAAGAGUUGAAAUGGCAGUAGAUUAUCUUGAAAGAGCGUCAAAACAGUCAAAUGUAGACGCUACUAUUUUACUUGGUGAUUUAUAUUCAGGUCAAGCAGGAGCUUCUCAUAUUACACCAGACUUUGAUCGGGCAUUCAAUUAUUACCGAACAGCGGCGGAAAGAGAAUCAUCUCAUGGUGCCUAUAAACUUGCCGAAAUGUAUGAGUAUGGAAUAGGACCAGCAAAUAACUCGGUGGACUACUUUAUGGCGAAACGUUAUUAUGACUUUAGUCUAAAAUACAAUGAAAUGCUCAAUCAUGCGAAACUGGAAUCACCAUCUCAAUUCGUAUCUGGCAAAACACACAUCGACUGGGCUCUAUUGAGAUUGCGCUUGAAAUAUUUAUUUAAUAGACUGGCUUCCAAACAGUCAGGAAACUCCGAUGGCGGGUGGUUAAGUGCAUUUAAAAAAGUGGGUAACAGAGUACCCAACGAAGUCCCUCAAGACUCCAAUAGCAUUUCAAGAGCGAAUGCACAUCAUGAGGGUGGCACGUAUAAUGAUGAUUUGAUUGAAGAGUACGAUAUUGGGGAUUACUUGGUAAUUGCUAUGACGUUUAUAUUUUUCUUUGUGUUUUUUGUACAAAACAUCUUGAGACAGUUUAGAAGAAUGAGAAACGGUCAACGGAGAGAUGAAGCAAAUAACAACAACAAUAACGGUGACGAUAAUGAUGACAAUCAAGGGCAAAAUGGCUGGAAUGGUAAUCAAUUCCAUUUCAAAAGAGGUAAUUUUGAAUUUCAUUUCUUUGCUAUAUAG